UCUAGUGGAACAGUUACAUGGAUUUAGCCCUCUCUCGCUUCCUCUAGCGCUCUCUUCAUGAUCAUCCGAACUCAUCACUGCACUGCGUGUGACAGGACCGGACGGGACAGUUGUGUGUGCCAGCGUGCAUGGUGAAGUGGUGCCAUGCGUCUCCAGCUCCUUCACGGUGUGUUUUUUCUCCAGUAUGUGAGUUUCUCCCAACAGCAGUUCCCGCGCCUCUGCGCCACUGCGGAAGCUCUGCUGUCUAAGGAGUGUUGCCCGGUCUGGGACGGAGAUGGCUCGGCCUGCGGGGCAAGUUCUGGCCGGGGCUUCUGCCGGGAUGUGGAGGUAUCGGAUCUCCCCAACGGGCUGAAUUACCCCUUCAGUGGCCUCGACGACAGAGAACGGUGGCCGCUGGUGUUUUAUAACCGCACCUGCCAGUGUGCCUCUAAUUACAUGGGGUUCAAUUGCGGAGAGUGCCAGUUUGGCCUGUUCGGAGACAACUGCGCCGAGCGGAGAGUGUCCUUACGGCGGAACGUGUUUCACCUGUCGGCAGCGGAACGGAGGAAGUUAAUCUCUUACCUUAACCUGGCCAAGCACACCGUCAACCAGGAUUACGUCAUAGCCACGGGGACCUACCGGGAGAUGAAUAACGGGAGCUCCCCGCUGUUCUCUAACGUGUCUACCUAUGACGUGUUUGUGUGGAUGCACUACUACGUCUCCAGGAACGCGCUUCUUGGGGGUCCAGGGAACGUGUGGACUGACGUGGAUUUUGGUCACUGGGCUCCCGCCUUUCUGCCGUGGCACCGCGUGUACCUGCUGCACUGGGAGCGCGAGAUCAGGAAGCUGACAGGGGACUUCGAGUUCUCCAUCCCCUACUGGGACUGGAGAGACGCGCAGGGCUGUGACAUCUGCACCGACGACCUGAUGGGUGCCAGGAGCCCGCUAAACCCCAACCUUAUCAGCCCCGCCUCUGUGUUCUCUUCGUGGAAGGUGAUGUGUUCUCGGGCGGAGGACUACAGUGCACGGGGGGUGCUGUGUGAUGGUAGCGAUGAGGGGCCAUUACUGCGUAACCCUGGUAACCACAACCAUAACGUGGUUCCGCGGUUGCCCACGGCAGCAGAAGUGGAGUUCACGGUCAGUCUCCCGGAAUAUGACACUGGAGCAAUGGACCGCUCUGCUAACUUCAGCUUCAGAAACACACUGGAAGGCUUUGGGAACCCACAGACAGGCCUGGGUAACAGUGCAGUGAUUGGAAUGCAUGCGUCCCUUCACAUCUUCAUGAACGGCUCCAUGUCUUCAGUCCAGGGGUCAGCUAACGACCCCAUUUUCCUUUUGCACCAUGCCUAUGUUGACAGUAUCUAUGAGCAGUGGUUGCGGAGGCAUGCUCCAGAGCAGACUCAUUACCCAGAGUCCAACGCUCCUAUCGGUCAUAACAGACAGUACCAUAUGGUUCCAUUCCUUCCACUACACAGGAACAUAGAGUACUUUGUUUCCAGCAAGGACCUGGGCUAUGAGUACUCCUACAUGCUGAACUCUGACCAGAGGAUAGUGGAGGUUCUCAGUCCGUACCUGGCGAUGAUGAUGGAGGUGUGGCCCUGGUUGCUAGGGGCGUUGGUUCUCGGGGCCCUGGUUACCUUAACUGUGGCUGCAAUUACGGCGACCACAACCCGGGCGUGUUGGAAAGUGUGGCCAUGGCAACGAGGCGGGAAAAAGUCUGCGUUCCACCUACCAGAGAGGGAGCCACUCAUCAUCAGCAGUGAUAGUGACUCCCCGAACUACAAUAGUGUUUAAGCGCCCACAUUACCACAAUUCACCCACUGUUAAACUACCACCAUGGAAAAAUACCACAGCGACCACACUGUUAAACUACCACAACUACCACACUUCUAAACUACCACAACCACUAUCAAAUUAAUCCAAUUUAUUUUAUAAAGCCCUUUUUACUUCAGAGGUUGUCACAAAGUGCUUUUACAAAACAGCCAGCCUGAAGCUCUUAACAGCAAGCAACAACAGGUUUGAUGCACAGUGGCUAGGAAAAAUUCCUUAAAAGUGUUGAAACUUAGGAAGAAACCUAGAGAGGAAUGAAGAUCUGAGGGUUGGCAGCCAAAAUCGUCAGGUAUAAUCAGCUACUUGAUAUGCAAUGCAACCAGGAGGUCUUUGGACAAGGACAGCUAGGAGUCACUCAGCCCUGGUAGUACUGAGGUCUGGUCCAAGGGCUCAUGUCCUCCUAAGUUAAAACAGAGCAGGACACAGGGAACAUUUACUGAGCACAUUCCUUAGAUUUACAAAGGAGGAGAACUGACUAUAAUGUUAAAAUACCACAACUACCACACUGUCAAACUACCACAACUAACAUACUCUUAAACUACUGCAUCCACCAUACAGUUUAACAACUUACAACUAACACAACUGCCACUCUAUUGAACAACCACACAGUUAAACAAUCACAACUACCACGCUGUUAAACUGCCAUAACUAAAACCAUGUAACACCAUGUAAAAUGCUACACAUUUAGGCCUAAAUUACUACAAAGAUCCAACUGUUUAAGUACCAUUACUACCUCACAGUUUAACUACCCAAACAACUGUACGUAUCUGCUACACUGCUCAACAUGAAAACUGGACCUACAUGUAACACAAUUUUAACUUAAAUCUGAACUAAUGUCACAGCAGCUCGAAAUCCCAUGAAACCAAUUAAAGGGUUGUUUCAUGCUGUCUGGACUCUGUGCUUACUAUACAUCUCUCUCUGCAAUAUAAUUUGUUUUUACUUCUGUUUUAUUUUGACGCUGAAUGUGUUUGAGGGUACACUUGAGGUGUAGCCUAAUAAUUUUGACAACUUUGACUAUUAAUAAAAUACAGUCGAUGAUACCACAGCCUCUUCCGUGUAACAGCGCUAAAACAUGUCAUAUGGUUACUCCACCAACAACUUAAAAUGCUGCAGAUAUGGCUGUAAACUGUUACAUUUUGUAUAGCUCAAACGGUGGGAACAUUUUCAAGGUGGCCUGUCACCGGUGUUGUGAAGCCGAGGACCAGGAAUUCGCGCCCAGCCUAAGGCCAGGUGAACUGAUAAUUGGUGGAAGCUAAACUAAAUUGUUUCAGUUGUAACAUUGUUUAAACCCACAAACAAAUGUCAAGUAGUUAAUUUGAAACUAACCCUGGAAUUAUCUAAAAUAAUAAAAUAUUUAUAUUACGAGUUUGACGAGUGGCCUUUUUGAUAAGCCUAUUGAUGGUCAAUUCACACGUCUACGGCAAGCUACCUGUUAAUGUAAAGUAAUUGUAAAUACAAAAAAGAUAUUCUCGAUUUAGACGGAGCUGUACCCUUUCACGCCAUUCCGUUUAACUGCACAGCGCGAAAUCUUCCUAGUGGCGCGCUGCUCGAGCUGAACCAGGCG